CAACAACCCACCUAAAAAAUAACAUAACAUUCACAAUCAUACUUACAUCCAUACAUACUCGUUCACACACACCCACAUCUUAUCCAUAUUUACUCAACUCCAGAGUACCUCCCUCGAGAUCUGGCAUCCCAUCAUUCUAGGACGCGUCGAGCUGCUCCUCGCUCGCUUGUCCCUUCACUCACUCCCUCUCAAUCACCCCCGCGGGCCAUAACUUAAUCAUACCUACAAUUGCACACUAGACGGUCCCUCUCUGCUAGGCCUGGUCCCUCCGCAAUCACACGCUUACCGCCCUCCCUCGCGUCCCAAGCCACACCAAAAGUAACUCGACCAUCCCAAUGGAAGACCAGCUCAUACAGCUCCUGUCCGCCACCCAAUCCGGCCAGGAGGGCGCCCGAAAACAAGCAGAGCAGCAGCUGCAGUCACUAUACCCCCAUGCCGACUUCCAGCUCGGCCUCGUCGCCAUCGCGUCCCACGAAAGUGUCCCACUGAACAUCCGACAGGCCUCGCUUCUAGUCCUCAAGAAAUUUGUGGUAGAAUGCUGGAGCUCCUCCUUGGACGAGUUCAAGGGCCAGGAACUGGUGGCGCCUGAGAACAAGGCGCGGAUACGGGACACGCUGCUCGACCUCUCCACCCAGGACCAACUUGACCGCAAAGUCAAGUCCGCAGCCAGCUACGUCGUGAGCAAGAUCGCGAGCGCAGAUUUCCCCGACGAAUGGCCCGAUCUGCUGCCCAAAUUGAUGCACAUCAUCCCGACUGGUAGCGACGGACAGGUUCAUGGCGCGCUCAAGGUGCUCUUAGAGCUUAUCGACGAGGCAUUCGACGAUGCUCGCUUCUUCCCCGUCGCGCGGGAUCUUCUCAAGGUCGUCUACGACGUGGCCGUCAAUGAGCAGAGGAAGCCGACUCUACGCGCUCUGGCGGUCAGUGUCUUCCGCGGUUGCUUUGACAUUCUGGAAAUGAUCAUGGCGGACCACAAGGCGGAGGUCAAGGCGUUCGUGGAGGAGGUCUUGAACCAGUGGACACCGUUCUUCAUCAGCAUCAUGAAGACUAAGUUGCCAGACCCACCGUCAGAGCAGGAGGAGACCGACGAGACCACAAACGCGGAAUUGUACCGUGGUCUUGUGUCGUUGAAGCUCCAAGUAGUCAAGGUCCUUAUGCGCGUACGCUCUGUGUUCCCCUCAAUGCUAUCGCCGCAGAGCCCCGUCCUCUUCUCCGCUACCUGGGAGGAGCUCUCGUCGCUACAAAACGCAUACCACCAGAUGUACAUUUUGGAAGAGCGACAAAGCAGGCUCGAGGACGGAGAUGGUCUCCCAUAUACGCUGGAUUUCCUUGUUCUCGAAGAGCUCGACUUCAUGCAGGCUUGCCUUCGUGCUCCGCCCGUCCGAUCUGAGCUGGAGCAACAACUACAAAACGCCCAAGGUGCGGAGAAUACGUGGGUCGCCGAGGUUAUGAAACUGGCGGUCGCGUAUGCGCAAAUCACCACGGAAGAGGAGGGUCUUUGGGACGUGGACGUCAACAUCUUCCUCUCAGAGGAGACCAGCGUCACGGCGAACUACACUCCCCGAACGGCCUGUGGUGAUCUCGUUAUCAAGCUCGGCGAGUGGCUUACACAACCUACCAUAGAAGGUCUGUUGUCUUACACGAGAUCACUCUAUUCCACCACCGAAAGCUGGAAAGCGAAAGAAGCCGCCUUGUACGUACUGAACCAGCUCUUGAGCGAUUUCCAGGACGUGGACAAGCAGAUCGGACCAGAGGCUGCUACUGCUUUCAUCGACUUCAUUCGCUAUGCCAUGCAGCAACCCGAUGUAUUCCUCAGGGCGCGAGGAUAUCUGGUCGCUGGCAGCCUUACAAGGACCUCGGGCGAUGCUUUGCAACAAUAUGCGCCUUCAUUUUUGCAGGACUGCCUGAACGCUAUCACCAACGACUCCUCGGAUGUUGUCCAGGUCUCAUGUAUCCGUGCGCUCCAGUACUACCUCCAGGCUCUUCCAGGAUCCGUUACCCAACCGGUACAGGACACCAUCAUCUCAGCUAUCUCUACCUACACUCAGAGCCAGGAUAUGCAAGAGUUGGCAGAGAGCGACGAUCUGAUAGUAACGCUCGUGGAAACCCUCCGAGAUGCAAUCUUGCUCGAUACCCGGACAUGCCUUACAGGCAAUGGACUCGACCUCCUCUUUACUAUUGCUAGCCAUGGCGCCAACAAUUUCCAGCUCGUCAUGCUCGUGCAGGAGACAUUUGAGGACGUCACACAAUCUAUUGCUAGCAUGGGCGCAGAUGCCUACGUCACGCUCUGCGCCAAGGUUCUUCCAUCAUUGACCGGAGCCUUUGAUAUUGGCAACCUGACUGAAGAGAAUGCUUUGACCAACCUUGCUGCUGACCUCUUGUCUGCUCUCGCCGAACAUGGCCUCGAACCUCUCCCUCAAGGUUUCGUCCAGGCCACCAUGCCCAAGAUGCAUCGUCUUCUGCUAGGCUCGGAUAAUGAGGAACUUCUCAAAUCGUGCACGGUGGCAGUCAAGAAUAUCCUUGCGCACGACCACCAGCAACUGUUUGAGUGGCAUGCGGAAGAUGGCAAGGGUGGUCUGGAGGUCGUUCUGAUCAUCAUUGAUCGCCUGCUCUCUCAAUCCGUGAAUGAUCACGCCGCCGGCGAGGUUGGAUCUCUGGCCGCAGAGGUCGUUGAAAAGGCGGGCAGUGAGCGCCUAGGACCUUACCUUCCCCAGCUUCUUCGCGCCGUUGCCAUUAGGCUUGGAACGGCCACACACGCGCCUUUCAUUCAAAGUCUUACUCUCGUAUUCGCCCGUCUCAGCCUGAACAACGCCUCUGAGGUUGUAGACUUCUUGGCUGGCCUCGAUCUGGAUGGCGUGAGUGGUCUGCAGGUCGUGAUCGCUAAGUGGUUGGAGAACUCCAUCAACUUCGCUGGUUACGACGAGAUUAGACAAAAUGUCAUCGCACUCUCCAAGCUCUACGAUCUCAAGGAUGCCCGCAUCGCACAAAUCCAGGUUAAGGGUGAUCAGAUUCCAGACUCGAGCAACCAGAUAAUGACUCGUAGCAGAGCGAGAACAAACCCUACCCAAUACACCGUUAUUGCUGCGCCCUUGAAAAUCCUCAAGGUCCUCAUCGUCGAGCUUCAAGGUGCAUCCGGCACACAGCUCGAUGCAUCGGCCGCCGCCGAGCUCGCCGAAGAAGACAGCAACGACGACGACUGGGAAGACGAGCCGAACCCCUUCACAGACCUGGGCACCGGCCUCAGCAAAGAGCAACUCAUGAACCUCGCCGCGGAAGAUGGACCAGGAUCCGGCCGCCAGCGCGACGACGAGACCCAAGGCUUCCUCGUCGACUUCUUCAAGCGUGCGGCGGGCACACCGGGAUUCCAAGAAGAAUGGGACGCACUGACACAGGACGAGAAGUCCAGGCUCCAAGAGAGCGCGAACUAA